CUUCAGUUGUCGUCUAUCCUCAAUCCGGUGACCAUGGGAGGAGGCAACGGUCAGAAGUCCAAGAUGGCUCGUGAGAAGAACCUUGAGAAGCAGAAACCUGCUAGGGGAAGCCAGUUAGAGUCCAACAAGAAGGCUAUGACCAUCCAGUGCAAGGUGUGCAUGCAGACAUUCAUGUGUACCACAACUGAGGUUAAGUGUCGAGAACAUGCUGAAGCAAAGCACCCAAAGUCUGACAUUUAUACAUGUUUUCCUCAUCUUAAAAAGUGA